UUGACAAAUUCUUUUCAACACAAAAAUGGCUGCCGUGCAACAAAAUUUAACAAAAAUGCUUUCGGCACAACUACGCAAUAAAGCUACGGAGUUUUUAAACUCAAGAAAACAUGCAAAUAAUCUUGCUGACAUUUUACAGAUGUUUGAGGCUGAAACAGACAAUUAUACGCCGCUACUGCUUACAGUUGAAGUGAUAUUUACUGAACUAUUAAAAAGGGGCGAUUUGAUUGAGGAAAUAGUACCCCUAAAACCAAUGGAUCACAGUCCGGAAGCGGAAUACACAAGAUGGCUGCAGGAAUGCUACGAGACAGCCCUUGCUCGCACUCUGGAGUGCAUCAAACGCGGGCGUACCAGCUCCCGUCUCCAGGCUCUGGUUACGGCCAGCAAGCUGCUGCAGAUGGAAGGGAAGAACCCAUUGGAGAGUACCGCAGGGUACUUCUUCCCGUCUAUCAGAUUGAAGAAUAUAUUCACUGUGCUGUUAGACUCUGACAUGUCAAUGUCAGCUCCCAUAGCCCGCUUCCAGGAAUUCACAGAGUACAGGGAUGUACAGCAGUACGGUCUAAAAGUACUCUCCACGCUCGCUUAUCGCAAAUCUCCAAACUCCGUAUUCAUGCAGAACUACCUAGAGCUACUGGACAAACUGUUGGCUUUGGAGAUCCCGCUGGAAGCCAAGAUCAAGGUCAAGGAGCGAGAGGAGGAGAAGGAGGAGAAACUCCUGUGUGGAACUGAAAAUAAACCGCCGUUCCCAUACAACGCGGGUGUUUGCCGUCGUUACGCGAACCGCUGUUGGAGCUUCGCUUGCCAGUGGCCGCUCAUGACCGAGCCCCGGACACACAGGAGAGCCCUACUGCUGCUGGUAGAGAGGCUGAUGCCUCUCCUGGCUAAACCUCACCUGGCUACCGACAUGCUGUGCGACAGCUUGGAUGCUGGCGGGCCAAUAAGCAUGCUGGCGCUCCAGGGCGUCCUGGAGCUGGUGCGGAGGCACAACAUCGAGUACCCGGACCUCUACAACCGGCUGUACGGCAUGUUCGAGCCGGAGAUGUUCGCCACGCGCUACAAGAGGCGGCUGCUGCAUCUAGCCGAUAUAUUCCUGAGCUCCACACACUUGCCCGAAGGACUAGUUGCCGCGUUCGCUAAACGUCUAUCCCGUCUUGCCAUGGUGGCGCCGCCAGAGGACGCCACUGGCUUGCUGCAACUAGUCGCCAACUUGCUGCUGAGACACCCCGGCCUCAAGAGGAUGAUCUGCUUGGAGGACACGCCCGCUAUCAUGUCCACGGACCCGUACGUGAUGGAGGAGACGAGCGCGCUGAACGCGCGCGCGCUGGGCUCGUCGCUGUGGGAGGCGAGCGCGCUCCGCUCGCACCACGCGCCCGCCGUGGGCGCCGCCGCGCGCCGCGUGCUCACCGCCGCCGGCGAGCGCGCGCAGCCCGCCACCCUCGCCGCCGGGGACGACAACAAGUUAUUCGACGCAGAACUUAAGAAGAGGUUCAAGACCAUAGAAAUGAACUUCAUCCGGCCUCAGGGGAUGGGCGAGAACGGGAUGAUGAUGCCAUACUGGGAACUGAUGGCUUGAACGCGAUCGGGAAUUCGAUUCAGGAAUGUUGGCAACACUGCUACGAGGUAGUACGGUGCGUUUCUGUAAAUAGCGGGGACUGGUAUUGACUACUCAUUCUAUUUUUGAAUAUUUCGUUUGUAUAUUCAGCCAGUUAAAUUCAUGUUCCUUUUUUAAAUAUUUAUUUUAAUUAUCUAAAUAGGUACCCUGUUGUUUAGAGAAACGAUGAUGAUUCUAGAAUGUUCGAGUCGUUUGACGUGUGAUUUGGAACUUCUGAAAUAGAUAUAUAUAAUAUAAAAAAAUUAUGUUGUAACUUUGUUUGAGUAUUAUAAGUGAAGUAUUUAUUUAUCUUUAAAUUGAUGUUUCGAUAUAUUUCGUAUAACUAACUAUAUUUAUGACUAUUUUCGCUUUUAGACACGACUUUCCACCGUAUAUUGGGACCUUUAAUUGUAUCAUGCACAAAGGCCUGAAAUCAUACAUUUUACUUGUUUUUUUUUUUACGUAGAGUUACGUAAAGAUAUCACUUCGACCAUAUGACUGACACAGGGUAAAUAAACAUUUGCCAUUUCAUCCAUUUAAAUGGUAUUACGUCGAAACUAAAGAUUUUUUAUUUAUUGUGCAAGAUGGCGCUUUUUGUAUCUGUUUAAAACACUACAAUGACGAAUUAUUGAGGUGACUUUUCCAUGUGCGGCAAUUUUUAUGCCAAGCAUAGAAUACUUAUAAACUGAACCGUGUUUCUCAUAUAAGACCAAAUUAUAGAUACAUAUGUGAAAUUUUAUUAAAAUCGGUUCAGUAGUUUCGGAGUUUGGACUUUGGAAACCAAGGGAGUUUCAUUUAUUCUAGAAUUGCUUGAUCGACACGUUAUUUCGAUCAAGCGAUUCUAUCGAGAAAUGUUUGACGACUUUUCGUCUAUGUCCGUCGCCAUUUUGUUAAUGUAUUUGUUUUGUAGAUAACUCAUAUCAUUCAAUCAAAAUAAUACUAUGUGCUGUUAGAAAAACGUAAAGCGGAAAUACCAUACAAAAUAAGGUUCAUUCAAACAGGCAAACUAUCUUGCACAUCUUGGUGUUAUUAAUGUAUGUCACAGGUCCGGUAAUGCACAUUAUAUGUUAGCUAUAAUAUCUACUUUCUACGUCUUGUGUAAAAUGAGUGGAGAUUUUGACAAAUAUAAAGUAAAAAUGAAAGUUUUGCACUGUAAUUUAAUUAUAUAUGUAUGUUAAAAUGUAGUUAAAUUAAUGUUAUAGUUUGGUUAUUUUAUUUUUUUACGGUUGAGGUAUAAAGUCUGUGAUCAUACGAGGAUGUUUUAGGGACUUUUUCUCCGUCAAAUUAACUCCUGCUUAAGAGAGGAAUUAAAAAGCAUAUUCCGAGCCCCAAUGCUAAGUUAUGGGGGGUACACUUGGGAAUACAAAAUAUGCAGAGAAAUGUGUUUUAUAGUAAUUAAAAAUAUAAUAAUUUUUAGUUAAAAUUUCUGUUAAAAAAAAGAAUUUGUAUGGAGAAAAUUGUCUAUAGUAUGUCCUCAAAAGGCUGGUUGCGCGUCGCGAGUGUUGCCAGCCUAAGGCGCUGUCCUAAUAAAAUUGCCAAUAUAAUAUAAAUAAUUUUUGAUUUGACGUGUACUCCUUAAAAAAGAACAAUGAUUUUGGGGUACAUAUAACAGAGCGUUUGUGGUCGAAUCGCUAAGAUGCCCGGAUAAAUAGCGUAAUGCGCAGAAAGGCACAGUUUCGAAUCCCAUCUCGACCAUAUACCAUACCACUGACUAUUUUCGAAGUUAUGUACAUUAGUUUGAAUACUAACCGAUGCUCUUACGGUGUGGAAAACUGCACAUGCAACUGUAUGUGUAACCAUGGAUCCAAUACGGAUUAUGUUUACCUUCAAAUGCAGUAUCCAAUGUCUAGGGCUUAACCCAGGCCGCCCCUCUCCAGAGUAGUGAGGAUGCAACCGGGACUAAAGCCAGGAGCAAGAAGAAGAUUGAGAUUCGUGAUGGUCAGCUAAUUUUAGGAAAUAUAGAAAUUACACCUUGGCAUAAUUUUUCAGCCACACGAACGAAGUCGUGGACAUUAACUAUAUAUGUAUAAUUGUGUAUGUAUUUAACAUCAUGAACCUACCUCAAGGGUAAACCACUUAUUUACGAUGUUUGUUAAAUAAUAUGGUUCAUAUUAGGACAACGCCUUAAAAAAAUCGAAUGUUAAGGUUCGUGCCGAUGGAUUAUUUAAUGGCCCCUCCACUCGACGGGUCUCGUCUUCCUUUUCUAACGUUUUUAUUGUAACUUUUUUGUUUCAUUCCAUUUAUUAUGCUAUUUAACCCCCAUAUUGUUGACAUAAGUAUACUGAGAGCUAUAUAAAUUAUUACAAUAACUUCAAUAAAGGAAAUUAUCGAUUUACAUAUAAUUUAUAAGCUCUUUGGGUAUGAUUUAAGUAUAAUUUUGCAUCCCCGCUGUGUCGGGGUGUGAGACAGCAACGGCCAUAUUUAUUUAAUUGUUGAUAGUUCAACCUCGCAGUUAAGGGUGCGGCUUUUACGAAAUAUUUCUCCGAUGGCAGGUUGAGUGAAGCGAAGAUUCUAUUUUAGCGACACUUCAUAUAUAUUAUAUAUAUAUAUAUAUAUCUACUAGUAGAGUAUAGUAGUAGAUAUAUCUACUACUAUACUCUACUAGAUCUAUACUACUACAUUUACAGCAUGAACUGAAUGUUCCAAAUGGGGACACAUUAAUAAUAUUUUGUAUUACAUAUAACAUUAAUGACACAUUAUGUAAUUAAUAUAUAUAUAUAUAUAUAUAUAUAUAUAUAUAUAUAUAUAUAUAUAUAUAUAUGGGUACUUCUCUACUAAUGGGAAAAUGGCCCAUACAAAGCUGUCCUGAUACUUUUUUUUGCUAAAUGAUAGUUUUUCCUACAUAGAAAGCUAAAUUUAUUCAAGCUUUAAACUAUAUAAUUGACAACCACUUCAUUUUUUUUAUAUUUUAGGAAUUAUCCACGAUUUAAUGAAAAAUCAUGACAGGGGACUGACACAUAUGACAGGGGAAUGAUUUUUACACAAAAGCAAGAUAGUUUUCAUUACAAAUAAACUUUAUUUUAGAAAUUGAACAUCCAAUUAAGAACAAAUAAACAUAAACUAAAAAAACUUCUCAUAAACUUCAAAGAAAUUAACUAAGUCUUUCACUUUGCUUUAAAUAUUUUUUGGCAAACGUUUUAAACGUUCUUCGAAUCAUAGGUUUAUAAUCAACAUUUUCUUCUUACAUCUAUCAAUUAGUAACUAAUAUUUUGCAUUUUAAAUUGAGAUCAAUGAAACAAAACAACAUAUAAUUAUCAUUGUUAAUUGACUUAUUCUCUUAUACACUAGUAUCAGGUAGUUAAAUCAGUCUUAAAAUUUCAAUUUCUGGUCUUUGACAUCAGUUGCUUUUAUGCCUAUUUUAAUUUUUACACCUUCUAAGUAGUAAAAUCAGUCUCAAUUUAAGUGAGUUAUCUUAGAGAUCAGCUCUUGAAAAUCCUAUAAUUAUCAUGUAUCAUCAUUACUGUUCAAAAAUAUUAACCGGUGUAUUAAAUUUAUAAAAGAUUCUUUUCCCUUUUAGGAUCAAGUCCGGAUUAGUCAACUUUUUAAUAAUUUGCUCAAAGGCUAUAUCAGAAACAUCUUCUUCGUCUACUUUAAAAGUCAGUCCUUCUUUAUCACAGAGUUUUAAAAACGUGACAGUGAAUUCACCAUCUUCUUCAUCAAUUUUAUUUAUGACCGCAACAUAACGGUAUUCAGUAUGUUUACUCUGCAACUUAACUAAUACAUAGUCUCCACAAUUAUACUUGUCGUUGUUAUCUCGGGAAGGUCCCGCUUCCAUUUCUUCCACAGGACUAUCAGUUCGUGGCUUGGUCGCAUAUGAAGGUUCGAUUUCAAACAUAUCAAGGGCAUUAUCAUCCUCGGAUGAAGAGGUUUCAGAUUCGGUGUAAAUGUCUUGAACACGAAGCUUCAUUUUCUGGUUGUAAUUAAUUGUUCCAAUUUUAUAAUGUUGACAGGUAUUAGGGCAAAAACAGCUUAAACUUCUCAUUGUCAAAACUGCUGGGGAAGUAGAUAUUCCAGUGAUCUGGUGCACCUUUAAUGUUCCAUUAAAACUUUUUAGUUUGGAAGUCUUUUCAAUGGCAUCAGUAAUUGAUUGAAUAUCUUCGUCAUUUAUUGUAUGGAAAAUAAUCCCAGGACAUCUAGCUUGGAUGACUUCCACAAAUUGUUCCAGGGUAUCGACAUCACCUCCAGCAGCUACAACAGCAUCCGCAGUCCUCUUGCAAGUAGCACCAACACCAUCUGGUGCACCCUUGCUAUGUCCGGCCUCCGAGUAAUUCCACGAAAAUCCUUGUAGAUUUGGAAUAUCUUUGGAUAAUCUCGAGGCCAAAACAAAGAACAUAGUUUUGUUCCGAUAUUGUGUAACCGGCCCGUCACUAAGGAAAUGAACAUAUUUAAUUCCAGGUUGUAUUGCUCGGAAAAUUGGCUGCAAAUGCGCCCAAAUAGCUGAGGGUGAAUGCGUCAAGUUUUUGGAAAUGGUGGCGUAGGAUUGUAUUGAGUUUUUGAGAUACACAACAACUGUGUGAAUACUUAUUUGAGUUCGAGAUCCUCCGAAGUGGAAGGGUUGAAUCUCUUCUCCGUAUUUGGUACAAUAAUUUUCGGAGAAGUCCAUGUGUAUCAAAAUAUCUUCUUCGCCAAGAUUUUCCUUCAAAUGUUUGAUUGCAUUGAAUUGAUGUACAAUGUUUCUUUGGUGGCAAAAGAACUUGUCUAGGUCAGCAUGCAAUUCAUGUAUCAACUCUCGCGGACGCAGCGUCAAAGUCUUUUUAAGGUGUUUAGUCACUAGCUUAGGCUUUUUAGAUUUUGGAUCCAAAUAUUCUUGUUUUUCAGAUACCCAUUUCUUGUAUUGUAUAGGUUUGUUGUCAUCAAACUCAUUGUAGGCAGGGGUUCUGUUAUUGCACACUAGGCAUUUUCUUGACAAACACUCCACAUUAUAGCGAUCACAGCAUAAAUUUUCUAGUAACUUCUGAUAGCUGUUAUACGACAAUAUUUUUGCCGCGUGUAAACCAGACAGCUUUAAGUCAAUGUUGGCGUGAGUGACACAAAGACAAGUGUCACGGUCUUGAGCUUUUGGCUUGACAACCCAGAAAGGACGCAAACGACAGAACAUUUGAUAGCUUAUUUUGAAAUUACUAGCUACAAAUUUCUUGUACAAGCUCAGCACUGUAUCUUGUAGAUAGCGUUUUUGAUGCUUGAUUGAAUUUCUUGUAAUAAAUUCCUUUUUUCCAGCACCUAGUCUGCUAUUGCUGUCAUCCUCAUAAAACUCUCUAAUCACUUUUGCACAUCUCUUCGAAAUUUUGUCAAUUCGUGUUCGUUUAGGCAUUUCCAAAGAAGGAGAUGGUUUCCAUUUUUUUGUCAUUUUAUAGUUAAUAGCACUGUCUUUGGUAGUCCAUAGUUUGUAUUUAUGUACUGAUGUCCCAGCAACAACUUUUGAAAAUAUUUGUUUGUCUUUUUGGGUCUUUAAUUGUGAAUAAUUUUCUUUCAAUUGUUUAUUCAUCACCUCGCCGAACAAUGCUUUUUUCACAAUUACUUUUCUCGAGUUAGAAUCAUCAAUCAUUCUGUUAAUUUUCGUGUUAGGUGUUUCAUCUUUAUUUUGGUUUAUAGUUUUUUCGAGUCUUGACAGUCUUUUUUUAUACUUUUCGACUUUUCUUUUAUAUUCGAGUAUCUUAUUGUCUUUGUCUCUAUUCGCUUUUUCUCUUAAUAGCUUCGCAUGUCUUUUUCUCUUUUUAUUUGCAGAAUUGUCAGUUGUAGGAGGUGCUGAAAUCUCAGUCUCUGAACUUGGAGUGUUGUCUCUCACAAAAGCAUUAGUUGUUUCCUUCAAUGUCUUUUUCCUAGCCCGAUAAUCAGUACAAUGUUUUUUCCAAUUUUUUUUUGCAGUUCUGUGUUCACGUGGAGUCAUGUCUCGUACGAGUUUUCUUAAGCCUUUUUCUUUUUUCUUUUGAUACUUAAGACGUUCUUUUUCUUUCAUUUCUUCUCUCUUUUGGGGAUCAUUUUUAAGGCGCUGAUAUCUUAAACGUUCUAAUUCUUUCUUCCUUUCUAAUACUUCUUCCCUAGUCUUCUUUUGAGGCGGCAUUGUGAAGUUUACCUGAGAAAAAAAUAACUAAAGUCAGUCCCCUGUGUAAUAAGACAGUCCCCUGUCGCUCAAAUAUACAGGGGACUGUCGCCAGGGGACUGGUUAUUUAACCUAAAAUUCGGAUUAUUUGCAAUAGCAUUGUACUACUUAAAAAUUGCGAAAUAUCAUAUUCAACAAGAGAUUAUGACAUAAUAAUUACGAAUAAUUCAUUAACUUAUCUUUCAAAAUGAUAAAAUAAAACACAUACCCAAGGGACUGUUAUUUGAUCCGGCCGCGGCACGUGUUCGCCUCAACACUUGCUUCGCACUACAGGAAGAUGGCGGCUGGUCACACAAACUUGUUAUACGGACGAACUUCACAACUAUGUCGUUCCGUUCCACGCUAACGCAAUAUGUUACUUCUAUUAGAUUAUUUUUUUUCGUUUGUUUUAUUCAUGACAGGGUACUGUUCACAAAUUGUUAGGACAAACUUUAGAGUUAAAAUUUUUCUAUUAUUUAACUUAAAUUUAAAUAUAUUCCAGAAUAUUUAUUAUGUUCAUUUAUCAUACAUUAGAACAGUAUUUGUGAAUACUACAUAUUUUGGACAAAAUUAGAAAAAAGUCUUGGUAGAAACUGUAAAUCUGGAAUGGGGACAGGUCAGGGGACUGUUUUUGGGGUUUUUGAAAAGAUAUUUCGUAAAAAUCGGGAAUCUCUUUUUAUUUACAAAUUGGUAGCUUAGAAAGAACUUUUAUUGUACUAUCUUAUUAAAUGAUCGUUUGAAAAACAUAGCCACACACAAUUCUAAAAAUUGCUCAGGACAUUGAUUUUCCCGAUAGUGGAGAAUCACCCAUAUAUAUAUAUAUAUAUAUAUAUGUGUAAUUAAUAUAUAUAUAUAUAUAUAUAUAUAUAUAUAUAUAUAUAUAUAUAUAUAUAUAUAUAUAUAUAUAUAUAUAUAUAUAUAUAUAUAUAUAUAUAUAUAUAUAUAUACUAUCUAUAUAUAUAUAUCUACUAGAUUCGCAAACAAGACGAAAACAAUGUAUUAACUUUUAUACGUUAUAAUUAUAACAGUAUAAUUUUUGAUUUAAUUGUGGAGAACAACAUAACAUCAACUUCUCCAAAGCCAUCCAAAGGGCCUUUACGUGUUGGACUUAAAUCCUAAUGCAAGCCUCUCAAAAAUCCGGGGUGUCUAGACCUGAGAUAUCCAAAUGGAGACACAAUAAUAAUAUUAUUUUGUACUGUAUUAUUUACUAUACUAUUUGUGGUUAUAGUAGAAAAUGGAAAAAUAAAAACGCUUCCAAAAAAAGUAAACAUUUUCUAUGCUUGAAAAAAUUAAUAGUGUCGUCGAUCUUCGCUUCCCUACGAACUACGUUAGAAUAUAGUUUGAUCUCUGUGACAGCAAGACGAAACGAUAACUUUGAAAUAGGAGAGAAAAGAUUGAAUAAAAUGUAUGCAUGUGACAUCUGUCACAGAGGUCAAGUCCAUAAUGUUUGUAUAGUUAAUGUACCCGAAUUUAAUGUAAUGGCGGUAAAGCCGAAAGGUGACAUGUUUAAAUCUUUAUAAAAGUCAGUUUUGUAUAAUCUAUAACGUAAUCGAAUGUUAUGUGAGAGUUGUUAAUUAAGCGGUUUUUUGUAAACUACCUUCAAAAUUUUUAAAUUUUUUUCUAUAUUCACUUUUGGUGUAAAUGUAGAGAUUUUAUAUGAUUAGCCAAUAUUAGAUGCAAAAGACCCAUAGACAUAGAACCCCUGAAAUCAACUUUAAUAUUAACACGUAGGGUUAUCGUUAAAUAAAGGGGAGGGGGAAUAUCGUUAUGUAACAAAACGACACACACGUUACAUUUGUAACAUGCAACUUUUGGUAUCGGAACUUUAAAAAAAUCUGACAAAUUGUUUUUUCUUUGUCGCCAGAUUUGUGCUAAUAUUUUUCAUUUUACAACUCUCAUAAAACCGUUUAGUUUGAAUUGAUCUGGUGAGAUCGUCGAAUCUCAGUGUUUUGAAGCCGCGCCCACCGGUUAUUGUGAUUUGUAACAAACUUAUAGCGUAAGGUAGUCUAAGGCAUUAUUUUAUCAUUCAUUUAAUGUUCUAUUAUAUUGAUAAAUAAAAAUAUUGAUACACUA